CUCGCCUCCGCGCUGGGGAGGUGAAUCGUGUCCAGCAUGGCCUGUUGCACGCUUCCAGCAAUAUUCUAAGUACACGCCCGACUGCAUCCGCGCAACACUCGCACGACUCUUCUCUGCUUCCCUCUCUGCACGCUCUUCUCGCUGCUGCCGCGUCUGCAGCUCCGGCCGCCCUCAACGCGCCACGGAUUGGCGAAUCACGAUAACGCACCUCUCCUUCCAUGCCGUGUCACCAGCGGCGUCUCGUUUGCUGAAUUGCCGCUUCUCGUGCCUCUAACUCUCUGCAGCCGACACUCCAUCCGAGUGCGAAGAGUCACUGCAGACUGCGGAGUCGAUCGUGCGGGAGAGGAAGCCAAUCAUUUGUGGCGAGUGCGAGUGUUACACCCAAUCCUACGCGUGCGACUUGAACUUGAGACGAUAUGCCACAAUCCGACGAGAGCUCGUCCGCCGAUGCACCCUCGUCCCCUUCACGCGAUUCCUCUCUCCAUCGCAUGACUGACUCCGUUUGCUCGACAAAACCCACCGAUGCUGCCACUCCACUAGACGACAAGUUUGCAGUCCUGCCAGCCAACAAACCGCGAGAUCGCAGCAGCCUGCCUGCUGAGCUUGCCGGCAGUGCCAACUUUGGCGACUUUGUGCAUAAACAUCUGGGCACUCGCGAAAGUGUCAUGGCCGCUCCUUACACCUCUCCAUCUCGCCAGCGCACUCAAUACUACGACGAGCAAUUCCAUCACAAGGACAAUGCAAAUGGCAGCGUCCGCGAAAGAGUCCAGAGAGACUCUCCCGUCAUUGCGGAGCUGCGCACGAACGUGAUCGUCAAAGACGAAUUCACGCUGGUGACCGAUCUCUCAUACCACUUGGCAGCGCGCUACACGCGACCAGAUUCAUCAGUCAUGGUGAAGGUCGAUCACAGCGCCUGCCUGGCAUUAGGCGGCACUUUCGAACCAUGCUACAUCAUUGCCAUUACCGCUGUACCUUCACAGAUGGGCCCGACCAUGAACAAGAGAAACGCCGCUCUGAUCCAGUCUUUCCUGGCCGAUAUUCUCAGCGUGUCUCCCGAACGCGGUAUCAUCAAAUUCCAGCCAAUCCCAGAUGAGAACUUUGCCAUCAACGGCACCACAAUUCUUGGAGAAAUUGAGCGACAGGAGAAGCGGCAUGAGGGAGAACAUGCCGGAAGCAUGCGACGUGCGAUGAACAGCAUGGGACGUAAAAGCAUGCCGAGCUUCAAGAAGAGCUUGCCGAAGAUGGACGGUGAAGUCAAGAACGUGCCGGAACCAACUCCAACCCCAGCUGAAACGAGACCGGCCCCAGCAAGGGCUGACAGUGCUGUUCCAAGCAAUGCUUCUGAAGACAAGUCAGAUACCACGCCCACGCAGAUGAGCGCCAACAUCACCUCUCCUGGAGAAGUCUACGAGCUGCCAGCCAUUGAGGUGGACAAAGAUCGUCCGGUCACUGCCCACGAGCGAAAGUCAUCAGGCGGAUCGAAUGGCUUGCGCAUGAACGGAGUGUCGCAAGGCGCUGUAAGUUCUUCCCGAUCUUCGACGCCUAAGAAUGGAAAAAAGGCUCGUCCGCGGACGUUCUCGGGAGAGAACUUCUCAGCCAGAGAUCAACCAAAGAGCAAAUCGAUCGGCAUAGGCCAGGCGUCUCCUACUGCGAAGAUGCCGGCAACGCAUCAGACAAAGAACCAGAAAGCGCACUCGUUCCUGAAGCACGAUCCAACCAAUACCUCAGCGAAAGCCAGUCUAACGAAUACUUCCCGCCCGACAUCUCCACGCCAGCGAAACUGGGGCGCCGCACCAGCACCAGUAAUUCGAACUCGAGACAGUCCCGAUCUUGCCAAUGCAGGUCCUCAAGCUGCACUGAAGGCACUCAGCGGAACCUGGACCAACGAAUCGGCACAAGAGAAAUCGCGCAAGAAGAUCGAGAAAUUGACCGGAGAGAAGCCGGAUGUAGACAACAAAAAGGACACCGAAGCCAACACAGCAAAGCGACGUUCGACAAUUACUGCAACGCCCAAGUAUCCUGAGCCACCGCCAAUUCCUGUCGACAAGCAGGAUUCGAAAUCGCUGAAUAAAGUAGGAAAGCGGAAGAGUUUCUUAUCAGCUUUUAGGCGCCAUGCGUUGCCGCAGGCGGCACAUUGAUGUGACGUCGACUUCAACACGCUCGUUCAGAUCAACAAAAGUUGCUAAAGUCUCCUAAGACUCGAAAGAAAGGAACAGGCGUGAAAUGGGAAAAGGGAAAGGAAAGAAAGAUGUUACUUGGAUGAUGAUUGAUGAUACCCGGUCCACUCCGUUUUUAUCUUUUGCAAAGUUCACCAGAGAA